AUGGCUGCCUGUCUCCCCCCCUUUGGGGUAUUUUCCUGCACAGAAAGCCUUCGCCGCAGGCAGGAUUUUAACGCGUGGAAUGAUUAUUUGGGGCUCUCUGCCCUCAUCGUGGGCGGCCUGCGCUGUUCAAAGCCCCGAGAAUCCACCAAGACCUCACAAAACCCUGAAAAACACCCCAAAAAGAGGCACGGCGCGGGCAGCGGGCGAGGCUGCAGCUUCUGCAGGAAUAACCGGGAGGCCGAGGAGUUCUACAGCAGCCACUGCCUGAAAGGGGCCGAUGGAACGAUUGUGUGCCCCGUGCUCAGGGCCUACAGGUGCCCCCUGUGCGGCGUUACCGGGGACCGAGCGCACACCGUCCGGUACUGCCCCUCGCGACCUCCUGUGACCGGCACGAGGGACAGAUGCCCCUGGAAGGGCCGCUGCUGA